GCGCGCGCUGUCCCGCUCCAUUCUGGAUCUAUGUUGUAGAUAGACGGGCUACGUCCCCGACGACGUUAGCCUGCACGUUGCAAAGGUUGAAAGUUUGAUUUCACGUUAUUUGCAGUUCUCCUUCCUCCUUUUCUCCUUCCUCCUCCUCCUCCUCCCGCUGCUCCUCUCGGGAGCUUUGUUUCUCCUGUGCUUGGAUACUGCGCGGACUUAAGCAUUGGAUAUGUGCACACAGGAUGAUGACAACCCCUUUCCUCCCCGUAGAAGUAAAAUAAAAUAGGCUUUCGCACACACUGGAUUUGCCGCUGUCGUUCCAUAUGAAGAAGUCAAAAAUUUGGAUACGCGUCUGUGUCCAUAUACUGCUGUUCAUCACGCUUGGGGUACAUUCGAGCAAAUUUGACGUCAACCCAGUGACAGAUGACAUCUCUAGGCUCUCCAUUCUGAGACAAAACAUUCCUAAAGAUUACAAAAUUCCUGUGAACUACAUUCCGAGGGAAGAGGGAGGGAUGUGUUGGGUGAAAUUAAACGUCUUCUACUUGGAGGAGAGCUUAAAAGGUUUAGCGCAUAAGUUUGGAAACAUUUCCUCCAACCGAAAAGAUAUUAGCAUAUUCAUCCAAAUGUUCCAAGAACUGCGGCUCAACAUGGGCCUUUUGGAGGCGAUCAUGAACGACUUUCAGUGCCACUACAGGGAAGAGAGGUGGCAGACGGCGCGGUACUUUGACUUUGUCAAAGACUUUCUCAUAGCUGCACAGAAUAAAGAAGAUUCAGAUUACUGCGACCCUCCUCCCUGUCCCACAACACCAUACGCAGUAACAACAGCAGAUUAUUUAAAUGCAACAUCAGAGCCCGGCCCUCCAAAGUGUGCAGACUGCAAACCAAAACCUGAAACCCUGUCUGGGGUGUUGGAGCAAAGCCUUCUCUCCUUACUGUUCAUUCCACUCGUAGCUCUCAUAUUCCUGCUUGUGUGGAAGGUUCGAUCCUGUAGGAACGAGGAGAAUCUGCAACAAAGUCCUGGAGAAGGUGGACUCUUCCCAGGAGCCGAAGCGACUGCACCUCCACUAGACACUGAAAUAUCAGAAAAAAACAUGUUGAACGUCAUUGAAAUCGAGUAACGGCGCUGCGUCCCGCCCGCCUCUGCGUAAGUGGGCUCUGCUCCUACCCCCCCACCCUCUCCACCAUCUCCACCCCCCUCCUCAGACCAAAACCCGCGAAGCCGAGUUCCAUCGCGCUAUCGCAAAAAGGGUUUGUCUUCGACUCCUCUGCAGACCGCCGGUCACAAACACCGCGGAACGGACCCGUCCGGAGGAGCCGCGCGGAUAAGCUUCGCCUUUCAUGUAAGACUGCAUUAACCUCGUGCUUGUGAAAAAGACUAAGAUUUAAGCGGAGCGUAAACCCUCAUCCCCCUCCCACCACCACCACCCCCACCCCCCACCGACUUGGCUCCCGCGGAUCGUCCUGCAGAA